UGUGCAAAUUUAUGUUGAUGACAUUGUGUUUGGAUCAACAAACCCAUCCAUGUGUACUAAAUUCUGUGAAAUCAUGAAAUUAGAAUUUGAAAUGAGCAUGAUGGGAGAACUAUCACACUUUCUAGGCUUACAAAUUAAACAAACAAACAUAAGAGGCAAGGAAAAAGGCUGGUGAUGUCGUGCGACUGGUUCUCAAGCACUAUUCAUGAGAUGGCGGAGUGUCAAGCAAUCAAGGAGGCAACCACCCCGGAGGAACAAGUCAACUUCGUGGCAAAUGCUAGGGUCAACAACCCGUAUAGCAAUACUAAUAACCCCGGAUGGAGGAACCACCCCAAUUUUGCUUGGUCAUCACCGACUAAUCCGAGGCCCCCGGGUUUUCAAGGCCCCAUGAAAACAACAACAACAACCCCACAAGCUAUCCAAGCUUGAAGACCUAGUGAACACCUUUGUGAGUACGAGUAGCCAAAAGUUCUAGAAGAUAGAGCAAUUUAUUGAUGUGGCGACUACCAAGUUUACCUCGGUUGACACGGGUCUCCGAAGCCAUCAAGCGAGCCUCCAAAAUUUGGAGGUGAAAAUCGGCAACCUUGCAGGCAUCCUCACCGAGAGACCCAAGAGAGCCUUAACUUCCCUAACCGUGGUGAACCCCAAGGACCACGCCGGGGUGAAUGCACUGCAAGUGAGGAGUUUGAAGGUGGUCUCGGAAUUCGCCACUAAAGAAGUGAAGGAGAAGUAAGAUACCAUCAAGGAAGAUGCCAACCCGAAGAAGGGAGAGAGGAAACCCUCAAGGAGAGAAAGGAAGGCGGAAAGGAAGGCAUCGUCGGUGGGGGAUGUACAAGGAAAGGUUGAAGGACGAGUGUGGAGGUUUCAUGGAAAUGCUCCGCAACCUCCACCUCAACCUCCCUUUCCUUGAAGCCAUGGCUCAAAUGCCAAGAUAUGCCAAGUACCUCAAAGGGUUCCUCACCAAGAAGCCAAAGCUUAAAGGCCUCGCAAACGUGACUCUUGGCGAGGAGUGCUCGGCUUACCUCCUCAACCGCUUGCCCAAAAAGAGGUCCGACCCAGGUAGCUUUACUAUCCCUCUUGAUAUUAGGAAUCAUCAUAUAGACAAUGCCUUGGUAGACCUAGGAGCUAAUGUUAAUGUGAUGCUGACACGCUACGACACAACACCUAACAAUGGCCAAGUGUAAUUAAUGAAAGGGACUGUAGUAUAGUGGCACAAGUAAUAAAUAUCGAAUCCACGGGUCUCUAGAGUUACUAUUACUCAACUUCAGUUCAUUAUCUAGCAAACUAUAUUAAGGAUUGAUUUACUAAACUACUCUACUAAGUACUCUACUAAUUACAAGUUGGGAACUCACUUAAGAAUGAUUCCCCCUAGCUCCUCAAUUAGGUCCAAAUUGCAAUUACCUUUGGUUGAUCUACUGUUGAUUAAACUGCGGAAGAUCCUAAAUUAGCUUGGAAUCUCUUAAGCUGACCAAGCCCUCUUAGACAGAAUACCCAGCAGGCGACUAGCCUUCACCGGGAUAGACUGCUAAGGCGAUUCACACAGAUCUCCACUACUGGAAUGAAUUCUAGUACAAAGU